CCUAUCCGGAUUCCUAUGUCUCGUAUCUCACGAAAACAACUGACUGAACUACUUCGUACAUCUUCAUCAUCUUCAACACCUUUCACCCUUCUCCAUGCUCCUCCUCAAUGGCCAUAUCCCUCAAACGCCUCAACUUCGAAAGUACAUAUAUCCAUUCUAGAUUCAUCAUUCAAUCCACCUACUACCGCUCAUCUAGCUCUUAUAUGCGCUCCCUUUCCACCCAUCACAGACAUAUCGAAUCCCUCCUCAACUAUCCCAAAAUCUCCCGACCGGGAUUACACAACUAGACUUUUAUUAUUAUCCCUCAAAAAUGUGGACAAAACACCUUCUUCAACAGAUGCCACACCUCAACAAAGAAUAGAAAUGAUGAUUCUUUUAUCGAAAGAAGUGGAGAAGAAAACAGGACAAAGUUGUGCUGUGGGAAUAUGUCAUGAAGCUACUUUCGUAGGUAAAAACAAGGUUAUACGGGAAUAUCUUUCUUCAAUUUCGACUCGAUAUAGAAACGGAGGAAUGGGAGAAAAGAUAGAUUUAACAUUCUUAAUUGGCACAGACACCCUCACUCGAUUCUUUUCUCCUAGAUAUUACCCAGAAAAUCAAAUGAUAUCACUUCUAAUGGAUUUCUUCAAAUCUACUACUCUCGUCUCCGCUCUCCGGGAUUCGACCGUCUCUGAAGAUGUCAAGAAAUCAGUAGAAAUAACUAUUUUGAAAAGUGAAGUGGUCAGACCGUGGACAUUAUCGGGUAAAGUAAGACUAUUAGAUCUAGGUGAAGAGACAGAAGGGGUGAGUAGUACUUCAGUGAGAAAACAGGUAAAGGACAAAUUACGACAUAAGUCAGUAGAUGGGGAUGAACGUAAGACACAAAGAUCGACAAAAGAGGAUAUGGUCGGAACAUACAUGUUAGUCGAUGGGGAUGAAAGAAGAGAGCAGGUGGUUGUAGAAGAUGGGAGGGAAGUCGAUGGGGAUGAAGGGAAGGAACAGGUCGUUGUAGAAGAUGGGAGGGAAGACGGUGCGGAUGAAAGAAGAGAACAGGUGGUCGUACAAGAUGGGAGGGAAGAAGAUAUGAUCAAAGGUGUUUUAAAUACUAUUAACGAGUAUAUCAAGAUUGAAGGAUUAUACAUAUAG